AUGUUUGGCGACAAGAACUGUACCAGGAACGUCUCACAGGAGGCCAGUGAACGCCUUCUACCAGAGGAAGAAGGCACUCCCUGGACUAAUCAUGGAGAAUCGACAAGAUCAAGCUGGAAUGGCGUUGCAAUAAGUCUCUUGCAAGUGACUACUCUGGCACUGUUCUUUUUAGUCGGGACUUUGUUUGGCUUCCAGUGGCGUGGAGACUUGGACAAUCUAUGCAGUAAACAUGUCUCCCAAUAUUCAACCGUGAUGAAGGAAGUGGGAAUUCAAUACAACCUGCAACAAUUCAAUGGCUCUCUUCUAAAAGAGAACGUGUUCCGACAAGAUGCCGGCCCAGAGGUUGAUGCAGCGUGGGAGUCUCUGGGGGUCAACUACCGCUCUGUUCGGAUUCCAGCUGAAGAUGCUGAACAAUCUGGACUUGCUGCCGACCAAGUGAAGAUCAACAAGAAGUAUGGCGGAGGAUUUCCGGCAAAUGUGGAAGGUCUGCACCACCUUCACUGUCUGAAUCUUCUGCGCCAAUCGUUGUAUUAUAACUACGAUUAUUAUCACGCGAAAGGCGAAGGACCCUUCACGAACAAUGACUAUAUAGUCCGCCGACACGUGUCUCACUGCCUUGAUAUCAUUCGUCAAGAGCUCAUGUGCACAGUUGACAGCGGAGUCCUGGGUCAAAUCUGGAUCUAUCCCGAGAGCCCCGAGCCCUAUGUUGACUUCAACACUCAACACAAAUGUAAAAACUUCGAUGCUAUUCGUAGCUGGGCCGAAGCGAAUCAGCUGCCUGAAGACCCCGCUGAGGACUUUUUGGAGCCCCCGUCCGAGGGAGAUCGAAUUUACAAUGAGAUGCCUUGA